CCUUUUGGCUCCAGCGCACUGUUCGGGCGUCCCGCCACCCAGAGCCCGGGCAGCUGACGCGUUCUGGGGCGCACCCGCCGAGGAUGCGAGGGAGGGAAGGCCGGAGAUGGGCGGAGGAGGAGUGGUCCUGCCCUGGCCUCCCCGGGGUCUCUCAACAAGAGCGUAGCUGGGAGCACUCCUGGCCCGGAGUUGCUAGGAAACCGCCCCACGCUACCGGCGGCCGGGGCUGCAGAGCAGCUACAGCUCGGAGCAGCGUGGGCGGGACAUUGGUGAGGCAUGAAGUCACCGCGGCCCACACUCGCUCUUUGUUUUGCACACUCCAGCUCUUUUUUCCCCCCUUGGCUCUGAUAGUUGCCAUUCCCAUCAUUCGCAAGAACUUCUAAUGCGUAGCCACGCAACAGGAAUCGCACACCGUGUUCCCUUCCUUAUCCUCCCCCGAAUCCUUGCACCCCAACGCUCACUUAGCGGGUGUGGAGACUCGUUCAGCACGAGUGGCAGCUGCGCUCAAACCCCAAUCUCUCACCCCCGUGCUGCGCGCUCCUUUGUUCGGCGCUACUCACUGCCCUGCAGCUGCUGCAUACUAAGUGGAGUUCAGGGGCCUCUCCCCGCCCCCAACACCCUCCGCUGCUGGGAGCAACCUGCCUACUUUGCUUUAAGAGUUAGGAGUUCACCCUUUGUCCCAACCCAAGGCCGUGCGGUGUCCUCCCAGCCCUUGGAGAGUUAAGCGAGUCCGCGGGAGCUGUAACCAAAGUCGCUGGCCUGAGACUUCUCACGGCUCCUUCUGCACUCGGUGCCUUAGCCAUGGGCUCCACAGCUUUACUCUUCCCAGAGUCUGGCGGUGGCUUCGAGCUUUUGCUACAAUGCGUCUUCUGACCUUAAACGUCACCUUCCCAAUAAAUGGAACAAGGCAGUUACAGACGGCGGCAGAACGGGGAGAGAGACGCUAAUGAGGAGAUGGGAGGGUACUUCUGCCUGCUUGCGGCUCAGAAAUUUAGGCACAAUCGGGGAGUGGGUGCUGUGCUGAGCAGCUGUCUGGGAAGCAGCGCACCUUCUCGGGUCCUGUCACUACAGCUUUAGGCCUAGCGAAGGAACCCAACCCCUUCUCCCCCGGGAGUGCAGACAAGGCUUUGAGACACCGAGUGAUGGUUCUUUUUUUCCUCUAGGGGCAGAAGUGGUUCUCCGUGAUGAAGUCUAACCCCGCAUCUCCCGUAGCAGCCUAGCCCACUUGUUGGGUAGAUCACUCUCAGCAGGUAUCGCACCAGUCGGGUGCACUUAUUAGCUGGUGGUACAGUGGUAAAGAGAUGGCUAUUAAACAAGAGAUCGGCAGUUCAAAUCCAUCAGCAGCUCCUUGGAAACCUUCUGGUGCAGUUUAACUCUGUUCGUUCCACUAAGGCUUAAAUAGUAUCCCAUCUGAGCUGAAGCCUGGCAGGCACUGGGCAAAAUCAUAACCAGAUACCUGAAACAUGGACUGCUCAGAUCAUGUCAGUCAUAGUUCAACAGCCCCAUCCUGCCAGUGAAGGUAAAAAACAGAGAAUACCAGCUUGUUCAAGACCUGCAAGCUGUCAACCAGGGUCACUCUGAGUUGGAACUGAUUCAAUGGGACCUAACAACAACAUGAAGUGCUAAAAAGCAAGGUGCCUGGGUGACCCCUGAAGUCUUCACACCUGACACCUCUUGAGGGAAUGGUAAGGGUUGUCCCAGAAGGUAAAGUGGAGAAAUGCAUGGGGCCAAGUGGCACCCAUGAAUGAAAGGUCUGAAAAUGGAAUAGACUUGUAAAACCGUAAGUACAUACUUCCCAUAACGUAUAAAAAGAAGUGUUUUGUCUUGCUGUAUUUUAUGUUAACUUUAACACUUCUAUUUUUUAAAAAGAUGAGUCAUUUCCUCUGUCUGGGGCAUGACUGUGAGUGGUAAAAUCUGGGUGAAAUAUGUUAAGGUCACGGAAAUUUGUUAGAGUAUAGGAUCCAUGUUCAGUUUCUAAUUUCAUCUUGAUUUUAAAAUAAAGUGAUGGUGUUAUUAUGAUAAAUCAACAAAGGAAUGAUGGACACAGUAGGUGGAAAAAUGAUAACCAGUGAAAGAGCCCAUUUUUGGUCAGGAGGAAUUUCACAAAGUAGAUCUGAAGGAAAUGUGGUUGACAUGGAAGCCCGAAAACUCUCAAAAAGUUGCAAUAUUACAGAGUGUCAAGACCCAUGUUUGCUUCUCAAUUGGCCAGAUGCUUUUACCCUUCAUGGCAAUAAUGUCUCCAAAGCUACAAAUCCAUUCUGGAAUGAACUGUCGGCUUCUAAUCCAUUUUUGGAUGACAUAACUCAUCUAAGAAAUAACAAGAAGAGUGAUAAUAUUUCCAUCUUGAAAGAAGACCCCUUCCUUUUUUUUAGAGAAAUAGAAGCUGGAAAUUCUCUUGAUUCUUCUGGUGAUGAACUUGACGCCCAUCAAUUGCUUAGAAGGUCUUCCUCAAGGAAAUCUGGAAGAUCUAAAAGUGUUUCAGAACUUUUGGACAUUUUACAAGAUAGAGCACAUGCCCGUCAGAGUACACUUGACUCUGACCAGAUUCUGGAGCAAGACUUAGAAUGGCUUCAAAAUGACCGAGAGGCUUAUAAAAUGGCUUGGUUGAGUCAACGCCACCUGGCCCGCUCCUGCCUGGAUUUGAAUAUAAUCAGUCAGAGUCCCGGAUGGGCCCAAACACAAGUUUCAGAGACUGUCAUUGUUUGUAAAUUAAAUUACCAAGGAGGGUCAGUACAAUUACCUGAAUCAGACAUCACAGUUCAUGUGCCUCAAGGUCAUGUAGCUGUAGGGGAAUUCCAAGAGAUAUCCCUAAGAGCUUUUCUUGAUCCUCCACAAACUCUCAACCAUAAUCUUUCAUGCACUGUAAGCCCACUGUUGGAAAUCAUGUUAGGCAACCUUAACACAAUGGAAGCCAUUUUGCUGGAGAUGAAAAUUGGAGCCAAAGUGAGAAAGGAUCCUUUCAGCCAAGUCAUGACAGAAAUAGUGUGUUUACACAGCCUGGAUAGAGGAGGGCCUUUCAAAGUGUUAAACAAUUGCUACAUUUAUAAAGACACCAUCCAAGUCAAACUAAUUGAAUUGAGUCAGGUGAUGUAUCUUGUGGUUGCUGCACAAGCGAAAGCUAUUCCAUCACCAGCUGCCACCAUUUGGGAUUAUAUCCACAAAACCACCUCAAUUGGAAUUUACGGCCCCAAACAUAUACAUCCCAGUUUCACUACUGUUUUCACAGUUUGUGGACACAGUUAUAUGCCAGAAAAGCUCACAAUUUCUGAUAUUAAGAGGGGUGGAAAAAACAUGUCUCCAGUUGUAUUUCAUCUCUGGGGGAAGCAUUCAUUUUUACUUGACAAGCCACAAGAUUUAAGUAUUUAUGUUUUUUCAUGUGAUCCUAAUUUUGAAGUAAAGGUAGAAGAAAGGAAAGAAAUUAAACAGAAAGAGUUGCAGGCAGGCAAAGUAGUUCAUCAACAAUUUUUGUUUUCUUUAGUUGACCCCAGAGAAAUGCACUUGUUUGAUUUCCGUGUUCAGGUGGAGCCACCCAAUGGUAGACCAGUUACACAGUUUUCAAUCACUACACCUAAUCCAGCCCCAAACCUAAAAAGAUUCUCCCAUCCGCCAGGCCAUAUGCAGGAGGAGACAGAAUUCAAGUCAGCGCCUUUAUUACCAAAAGUAAUUGUUAAAUAUCCCACAUUUCAAGAUAAAAAAUUGAACUUUACCAGUUAUGGGGUAACCCUGAAGACAGUGUUAAGACAAAACAAGAUUGACUACUUACUUCAAUAUUUGAAAGGGGACACAAUAGCUCUUCUUGGAGAAGGUAAGAUAAAAGCCAUUGGACAGUCCAAAGUGAAAGAAUGGUAUGUGGGAAUCCUCAGAGGUAAGGUUGGACUUGUGCAUUGCAAAAAUGUCAAAGUGAUUUCAAAGGAACAAGUAAUGUCUUCAUCAGAUAGUGUAUUCACAACAAGGAAUCUUCUCGAACAAAUAGCUUCGCCUUUUAAAAAAUUGACUUAUAUCUACUCGGUUGUAUUGACCUUGGUGUCAGAAAAAGUUUAUGACUGGGAAGUUUUAGCUGAUGUCCUGGGUUACUCACAUUUCGCACUGGAAGAUUUUGAAGGAAUGCAAGCAGAGAAGGAAUCAGAAAAAGUUUCUUAUGUUGUGAAGAAGUUAAAGGAAGAUUGCCAUUCAGAUAGAAAUAUAAGGAAGUUUCUUUACGAGCUUACUGUGGCUCUGCUAAAGAUGGAUUGCCAAGGGUUAGUAUCUCAUCUCAUCCAAGAGGCUGUUAUUCUAACUACUGCUGUCAAGCUUGGGAAAGGCUGGAGGGAACUGGCUGAAAAGUUAGUAAGACUCACAAAGCAACAAAUAGAGGCGUAUGAAAUUCCUCACCAAGGAAAAUCUGGAGACAUUGCUGUUGAGGGCCAUGUUUUGAUACCAAAAUUUGCUUCAACAUUUUUUAUCAAGCCUCGAGCUAAUUAAAAUAUAGAGAAUAUUAAUAGUACGGACUGUCAUAUUUUUCUUAAGCACUUUUGGCCAUUUCUUAUUCUUUUCUAAAGAAAAGAAAAGUGUCUCUUUGGAGAUUUCUGAGAAUAUCAUUUUUUGAAAUUAAACAUCUCCCCAAAUUAAAUUUUAAGAAAUAUUUUUUAACUUUUUAAAUAACACUGCAUUUGCUACAUAAAAGCAAAACUUGAAAUUCAAUUAUAAACAAAGUAUAUUUUCCAGAGUAUCUCUUUUGAAAGAGAAAUUAUUCCAUAUAAAGAUGUGAUCGUUGCCAAGGCUUUCCUGUAAAGUCAGUGAAAAUUCAUUGGCAUUUUUUCUGAACAUAUUUAUAAAUUUGACUUAAUAAUAGGAAUCAGUAAAAUAUUAGAAAAAUGGAUCACUUCUUAAAACACAGAUUUUGCCAGGUGAAAUUCUGGGACUUCCAGUGCUAAGAUAUGUUGUUAGUUGCUAUCGUGUUGAUGGCUUCUCAUGGUGACCCCAUGUGUGCAGAGUAGAACUGCUCCAUCAGGUUGUUCAAGGCUGUGACCUUUCAGAAACAGAUCUCCAAGUCUGUCUUCCAAGGUGCCUCUGGGUAGGUUCAAACCCCCAACCUUUUGGCUAAUAGUUGAGCUUGUAACUGUUUGUACCACCCAGGAACUCUUGUGCUAAGAUAUACACAAACCUAAACUGGGUGUUCUUCACUUAGCCUUCUAAGAAUUGUUAUCAUAUAUAACAAUUUAUUUCCCUAGCAAGUGCUUUCAUUGGCAACUCUGCCUACCAAUAAAGAUUAUGCUCUAUCCAUCUUAUUCUAUAAAGACACUUAUUCAUGAAGGGCACUCACCAAAGUGGGAUGCAGAACAUUUUCUUAAAACAUUUUGUUAUGCCAAUUGACCUAGAUGUCCCCUUGAGGUAGGGAAAAAACAGGGACCGAGCCGCUAGUCGGGGAGCCUUGCAACACCUGCAACUUACAACUUACAAUACUAUUUGCUUGGCUAAUGCAAAACACCCAUCCUGGAAUGUGCGAUAAGGAAAGAACAAAAAACGCACUCCCUUGUAAGAUGUUUUUCAGAAGGACCUGCCAGAUCUGGUCCCCAGAGCAUGCACAGACAUCCACAAGGUGACUGACAGAUGACCUACACCUGAUGCAAGUACCUGGGACAGAAAUCGAACCUGCCCCGCAGGCGGACUACCUGGGCGUGACACCCCAUAAUAAGUCCUGCCAUCCAGUCCCAGGAGCCUUUGCUACGGGUUCCAUCUUGGAUUCCAGAUGUGCGCACAGCCGAAUUUAGUAUGCACUGCCAUUCUGAGAAGUACCCACCAGUUGAAAGAAACCUACUAAAUAUUCAUUACACUAUCAUCCUCGCCAAACCCGUAUAAGCCCCAGAAAAAGCUUUUUUCGGGGGAACAGAGGCUAGCGUUGCUUGAUCCCUCUCUGUUCCAUGCUUGCGAGCCUUCACUUUCUUUCUGCAACAAAUAAACCUUUGUUCAUGUUGAACCUCUGAGCCUCUCCUGGUCAUUCUUAGUUAGUAUAAGGCAAGAACCUAGGCAGGGCUUGGUCCUGAGUUGGGAAGCCUUAGCCUGCAACACUCUGAAACUAUGGUCCCCAUACCCCCGUCAAUGCUACUUUGGCCUUGGAACAGUUUGGUUGUAUUCAGGAAACUUCUUUGCUUUUGGUUUAGUCCAGUUGUGCUGACCUCUCCUGUAUUGUGUGCUGUCUUUCCCUUCACCUAAAAUAGUUCUUGUCUACUAUGAUUAGUGAAUACCCCUCUCCCUCCCUUCGCACCCUCAUAACCAUCAAAGAAUGUUAUCUUCUGUGUUUAAACUAUAUUUCUUGAGUUCUUAUAAUAGUGGUCUCAUACAAUAUUUGUCCUUUUGCAACUGACUAAUUUCACUCAGCAUAAUGCCUUCCAGAUUCCUCCAUGUUAUGAGAUGUUUCACAGAUUCAUCCUUGUUCUUAAUCGUUGUAUAGUAUUCCAUUAUGCGAAUAUACCAUAAUUUAUUUAUCCAUUCAUCCAUUGAUGUGCACCUUGGUUGCUUCCAUCUUUUUGCUAUUGUAAGUAGUGUAGAAUGAACAUAGGUGUGCACAUAUCUGUUUGUGCGAAGGCUCUUAUUUCUUUAGGAUAUAUUCCAAGGAGUGGGAUUACUGGGUCAUAUGGAAGUUCUAUUCUAGCUUUUUAAGGAAGUGCCAAAUCCAUUUCCAAAGUGGUUGUAACAUUUUAAAUUCCCUCCAGCAGUGCAUAAGUGUUCCAGUCUCUCCACAACCUCUCCAACAUUUAUUAUUUUGUGUUUUUUGGAUUAAUGCCAGCCUUGUUGGAGUAUUUGAUUUGGAUUUCUCUAAUGGCUCAUGACCGUGAGCAUUUCCUCUUGUAUCUGUUAACCACCUGAAUGUCUUCGUUGAUGAAGUGCCUGUUCAUAUCCUUUGCCCAUUUUUUAAUUGGGUUAUUUGUCUUUUUGUAGUUGAGUUUUUGCAGUAUCUUGUAGAUUUUACAGAUCAGAUGCUGAUUGGAUUUGUUGUAGACAUUUUCCCAGUCUCUAGGUAAUCAUUUUACUCUUUUGGUGAAGUCUUGAUGAGCAUAAGUGUUUGAGUUUUAGGAGCUCCCAGUUACCUGGUUUCUCUUCUGGUGUUUGUGCAUUUUUAGUAAUGUUUUGUAUAUUGUUUAUGCCAUGUAUGGGCUCCUAGCAUUGUCCUCAUUUUUUCUUCCAUGAUCUUUAUCAUUUUAGGUUUUAUAUUUAGGUCUUUGAUCCAUUUUAAGUUAGUUUUUGUGCAUGGUGUGAGGUAUGGGUCUUGUUUCAUUUUUUUUUUUUUUUGCAGAUGGAUAUCCAGUUAUGCCAGCACCAUUUGUUAAAGAGUCUGUCUUUUCCCUAUUUAACAGAUUUUGGGGCUUUGUCAAUUAUCAGCUGCUCAUAUGUGGACGGAUUUAUGUCUGGAUUCUCAAUUCUGUUCCAUUGGUCUAAGUUAUCUGUUGUACCAGUACCAGGCUGUUUUGACUACUGUGGUGGUAAAAUAGGUUCUAAAAUCAGGUAAAGUGAGGCCUCCCACUUUGCUUUUCUUUUUCAGUAAUGCUUUACUUAUCCUGGGUCUAUUUCCCUUCCAUAUGAGGUUGGUGAUUUGUUUCUCCAUCUCAUUAAAAAAAAAAAAUGUCAUUAGAAUUUGGGUUGGGAUUGCAUUGUAUGUAUUCUACCUUUGGGCAGAAUAGACAUUUUUACAAUGUUGAGUCUUCCUAUCCAUGAGCAAGGUAUGUUUUUCCACUUAUGUAGGUCUCUUUUGUUUUCUUGCAGUAGUGUCUUGUAGUUUUCUUUGUAUAGGUCUUUUACGUCCCUGGUUAGAUUUAUUCCUAAGUAUUUUACCUUGUUGGGGGCUGUUGUAAAUGCUAUUGAUUUGGUGAUUUUCUCUUUGAGAUUCUCUUUGUUGGAGUAGAGGAAUCCAACUGAUUUUUGUAUGUUUAUCUUGUAUCCUGAUAGUCUGCUGAACUCUUCUAUUAGUUUCGUAGUUUUCUUGAGGAUUCUGCAGGGUUUUCUGGGUAUAAGAUCAUGUCAUCUGCAAACAGAGGUACUUUUACUUUUUCUUUGCCAAUUUGGAUGCCCUUUAUUUCUUUAUCUAGCCUAAUUGCUCUGGCUAGGACCUCCAACACAAUGUUGAAUAAGAGUGAUGAUAAAGGGCAUCCUUGUCUGGUUCCCAUUCUUCGGGGGAACACUUUCAGACUCUCUCCAUUUAGGAUGAUGUUGGCUGUUGGCUUUGUAUAAAUGCCCUUUAUUAUGUUGAGGAAUUUUCUUUCUAGUCCUAUUUUGCUGAGAGUUUUUAUCAUGAAUGGGUGUUGGACUUUGUCAAAUGCCUUUUCUGCAUCAAUUGAUGAGAUCAUGUGGUUCUUGUCUUUUGUUUUAUUUAUAUGGUGAAUUACACUGAUUGUUUUUCUAAAGCUGAACCACCCCUGUGUACCUGGUAUGAAUCCCACUUGGUCAUGGUGAAUUAUUUUUUUGAUAUGUUGUUGAAUUCUAUUGGCUAGAAUUUUGUUGGGGAUUUUUGCAUCUAAGUUCAUGAGGGAUAUAGGUCUGUGAUUUUCUUUUUUGGUGAUGUCUUUACCUGGUUUUAGUACCAGGGAAAUGCUGGCUUCAUAGGAUGAGUUUGGGAGUAUUUCAUCUUUUUCUAUGCUCUGAAAUACCUUUAGUAGUAGUGAUGUUAACUCUUCUCUGAAGGUUUGGUGGAAUUCUCCAGUGAAGCUGUCAGGGCCAGGGCUUUUUUUUGGUAAGAUUUUUUAAAUUACCUUUUCAAUCUCUUCUUUUGUUAUGGGUUUAUUUAGUUGUUCUACCUCUGUUUAUGUUAGUUUGGGUAGGUUGUGUGUUUCUAGAAACUCAUCUAUUUCUUCUAGGUUUUCAAAUUUGUUAGAGUACAAUUUUUCUUAGUAAUCUGAUAUGAUUCUUUUAACUUCAGGUGGGUCGGUUGUGAUAUUGCCAAUCUUAUUUCCUCUUUGGGUUAUUUGCUUCAUAUUCUGUCUUUCUUUUGUCAGUUUGGCCAAUGGUUUAUCGAUUUUGUUAAUUUUUUUGAAGAACUAGCUUUUGGUCUUGUUAACUCUUUCAAUUGUUUUUAUGUUUCCCAUUUUGUUUAAUUCUGCUCUAAUUUUUAUUAUUUGUUUUCUUCCUGUGUCUGAGAGUUUCUUUUGUUAUUCUCUGUUUGUUCAAGUUGUAGGGAUAAUUCUUUGACUUUGGCCCUUUCUUCUUUUUGUGAUGUGUACAUUUAUUGCUUUAAAUUGACCCUUGAGCACUGCUUUAGCAGCUGACCUCUUAACCACUGUGCCACCAGGCAUACUUCAAAAACAAACAAAAGAUAAUAAUUGUUGCAAUUUAUUGAAUGUUUACUGAGUGUCAGAUAUUUAUUAUGAAUAUUUUUCAUUACAAUAUCUCUUAUUUUAAAAAACCCUGUAUGGAAAGCAUUAUAACCAUCCACUUUUAAUGGAUAAGCAAACUGGGUGAAUGCAUUUUAUAUGCUACCCAGAGUCAUGUUGUUAUUAAGUGAUGGAAUUAGGAUUUGAAUCCAGGUUUCUUUUAUACAAACAUACCAGUCUGUCGUCUGUUUACUUGUGUUUAUACAAGGUCAUAACCACUUUAAUAUGCUGAAAGUCCUUUCAGAAAACAAAACAAAAAAAGGUCAGAGAAAGUGUGCAAGAGCAGUUAGGGAAUGCUUCCUAGCCCUGAAUAGCAUUUGAAUAAUUGGAGAGGACUAGUAGAGGAUUUUGGGGUCCUGGUGGUGCAGAGCUCAGCAGCUAGCCAAAAGGUUGACAGUUCAAAUCCACCAGCUGCUCUUUGGAAACCCUAUGGGGCAGUUCUACUCUGUCCUAUAGGGUCACUAUGAGUCGGAAUCAAUUCAAUGGCAGCAGAUUUUAUUUCAGUGGGGGAUUUCAGUGUUUCCAGAUACCAAAGACUUCUGGAGACCACUGAGGAGAAGGUGUGGACUGGAGGAGAGGCUUUAUCUUAGUAAUUAUUGGGAGAUAUGGUUGAACGUAUACGUUGGAGUUGAUAAUGUAUAUAUUUUCAUUGAAUGACUUCCACAGCAAAGAGACUAAGAUUACUGGUCUGGGUUCCUGUUCCAGUUCUUAUCUCAUUGAUUAGCCAUAUUUCUUUGCCCAAGUUAUUUGAUUUUUCUAGGGAUAAUUUUUUGUUCGUUUGUUUUUAACUUGUAAAAUGAGACUAAUAGUACUAUCUUGCUUUUUGAAUGUUUAGAAGUUUAAAUGAGAUAAUUUAUGUGAGUGAAAUAUGUGGCGCACUGCUUUGCACAUUGUAAUCUCUAAACACAUAUUAGCUAUUACUUUGAUGAGGAAGAGGAGGAAGAGAUGAAUUUGGCAACUGAGUGAUACUGAGUGAUUUUGGCAAAAAACAAAAUAGGGUAAUAUUUUAGUAAUAUAGUUAAGAGAAACUAGUGAAAGAACGUACAUAAGGGAGCAGGCAGCAAUGAUAUCAAGUCCCCUUUUCUGAGAAACUGGUAAUGCAUCAACAAAAAGGAGAGAAAGUCUUGACCGAUCAGCUUUUUCUUACCAGCUUAAUAGAAUUUAAUUUUCCUUGGAAAGAUAUCUUAUGGAGAGGCAAAAGAAAUGUCCUUGGACUGUUAAGUUUUUCUGGCUCAUUUGACGACUCCUGCAUUCCAUUUAACAUGAUGUCUCAUUGCCCAGGUAGGUACCCGGGCCUGGUUCAGUUCUAGCCUUGGUACUUGAAGCUGUAGUUUGCUGUUCUUUUACAGUAAGAAAUACAUUUACAGCUUUCUAAAGGAGGAAAAAAUAUUAUAUGGAAAUUCAUCUACCAAUGGUAAAUUGCAUAGAAUAAUUUCUUAAAUCUUCAUUGCUUAUAAUAGGGAUUUGGCAUGGUGACAUAAUAUUUAGAUUACCUUAGUCUACUUUAUACUAAACUAUAAUACUCAUUUCUAAAGUAUUUAGUUUCAAAAAGGUAUUCAAUUUUUGACAUGAUUGAGGACAACAAGGGCAUCACAUUGCCAUUCCCUGGCAUAACAUAUAGUAUUCCUGUGAUCUUUAAUUCCAAAUAAUGUAUCUCAGUACCACCCUGAAAAUUAGGUAGAAAUAGUAAUCACAUUAUGAUAAAUAUUUAAAUUUUCAGUUAAUGUAUACCUUAGUUUUUAGUUUAUAAUUUAGAUAAAUUAUAAAGAUGUUUUAAAAUGGAUUUACAGACAUAAUAAUAACAAACCUUUUCUAUGGUUUAUUAUUAUGGAACAUAGCCAGGAAAACCAAAGUCUUGCUAAGCUUAAGAACUAAACCAGUAUUUAAUAAAAGUGUUUAAUAAUGAAAUGAAAUACAUUUGGGUCAGCAGCAUAGUGAAAUAGCCUUGCAUUGACAGGUGGCCUGGAUUCUUUUCCUGGAUGUUUGAAUGUGGUUGUAUUAUUUAGUAUAAAAUUCAACCAACAGUUAGCAUUAAUUGAUCACCUAGUGUGUACCAGAAAUCUGCACAUGUAUUCCUUUGGGUAAAUGGCGAUGCUUUUUGACAUGGGGUGCACUUCCCCUCCCCCUUUUUACAGAACGGGGGAAAAUAAGUGCCCAAGAAAAUCUGGAGCAAAUAAGUCUAGAUUUGAACCCAGGGCAUAUGCCUCCAAGUGCAGAGCUCUUACAGUUGUGUUUUUCUCUCAGUUUCUUUAAUAGUUACAUUGAAAGGAUGGUUUGAAGAAGCCUAAGUUUUUUCAACUUUAACGUUCAGAUGUCUCUACUAAUGUACGGUUGCGGUGGGGAGGAGCAGAGUGGUGUCAGGAGGGCGGAAGGGAGGGAUGGUGAGGAGGCAGCAGGUUAUCCUUUUAACUAAGAAUUGGUAGGAAUGGCUUGACGAGCAGGUUUUUCUGUGUUGUUAGGCAGUUUUGAAUGAUGCAAGAGCAAGAAAUGGGUCCUCUAUCUUCCUCUGACUCAUUCUUAAUUCCAAGUGAUUAUUCACAAAGCAAAAAAAAAAACUGACUAUUCCUAAACAGGGAAGAACACACUCAGCAUUUCUCAAGCUGAAAGAACUGAAGAAAAAAUUCAAGGUUUGAGUUGCAAUACUGAGGGAUUCUAUGUCAAAAAUAUUAAAUGAUACAGGAAGCAUCAAAAGAAGAUGCAAGGAAUACACAGAGUGACUAUACCAAAAGAAUUGGUGGAUGUUCAACCAUUUCAGGAGGUAGCACAUGAUCAGGAACUGACGGUACUAAAUGAAGAAGUCCAAGCUGCACUGAAGGCGCUGGCAAAACACAAGGCUGUGAAAAUUGAUGGAGUACCAGUUGAGAUGUUUCAACAAACAGAUGCUGCACUGGAAUUGCUCACUCACUUAUGCCAAGAAAUUUAGGAGAGAGUUACCUGGCCAAUCAACUGGAAGAGAUCCAUAUUUAUGCCUAUUCCCAAGAAAGGUGAUCCAACCAAAUGUAAAAAUUAUUGAACAGUAUCAUUAAUAGCACAUACAAGCAAAAUUUUGCUGAAGAUCAUUCAGAAGCAGCUGCAGCAGUAUAUUGACAGGGAACUGCCAAAAAUUCAAGCUGGAUUUAGAAGAGGACAUGGAACCAGGGAUAUCACUGCUGAUGUCAGAUGAAUCCUGGCUGAAAGGAUGAAAGACAUUUACGUGUGUUUUAUGGACUACGAAAAGGCGUUUGACUCUGCAGAUCAUAACAAAUUAUAGAUAACAUUGCAGAGAAUGGGAAUUCCGAAACAAUUGUGCUUAUGAGGAAUCUGUACACAGAUCAAGGGGCAGUUGUUCGAACAGAACAAGAGGAUACUGCAUGGUUUAAAGUCAGGAAAGAUGUGCAUCAGGGUUGUAUCCUUUCACCAUGCUUUUUCAAUCUGUAUGCUGAACAAAUAAUCUGAGAAGCUGUACUAUUUGAAGAAGAAUGGGGCAUCAGGAUUGGAGGAAGAUUUAUUAACAACCUGCAAUAUGCAGAUGACACAACCUUGCUUGCUGAAUGUGAAGAUCUGAAGCACUUACUGAUGAAGAUCAAAGAUGACAGCCUUCAGUAUGGAUUACACCUCAAUGUUAAAAAAAAAAAAAAACAACUUCACAACUGGACCAAUAAGCAACAUCACAAUAAAUAGAGAAAAGAUUGAGGUUAUCAAGGGUUUCAUUUUAUUUGGAUCCACAACUAACACCCAUGGAAGUAGCAGUUGAGAAAUCAUAAAGACACUUUGCACUGGGCAAAUUGGCUGCAAAGGACCUCUUUAAAGUGCCAAAAAGCAAAGAUAUCACCUUGAGGACUAAGGUGAGCUGACCCAAGCCAUGGUGUUUUCAAUUGCUUCAUAUACAUAUGAAAGCUGGACAAUGAAUAAGGAAGAUCGAAGAAGAAUUGAUGCCUUGAAUUGAAGUAUUGACAAAGAAUAUUGGAUAUACCAUGGAGUGCCAAAAGAAUGGACAAAAAAUCUGUCUUGGAGAAGCACAACCAGAAUGCUCCUUAGAAGUAAGGAUGGCAAGACUAUGUCUCACAUAUUUGGACGUGUUAUUAGGAGGGAUCCAUCCCUGGAGAAGGACAUCAGAAGUGGUAAAGUGGAGGGUCAGCAAAAAAGAGGAAGACCCUCAAUGAGAGGGAUUGACACAGUGGCUGCAACAAUGGGCUCAAGCAUAGCAACAAUUGUGAAGAUGGUGCUGGACUGGGCCGUAGUUUGUUCUGUUGUUCAUAGAGUCAGAACCACUGGACAGCACCUAACAACAACAACAAUCCCUAAACAGACUUUUCCUGGAGAAGCUUACAACUUAGCUAAGCACCAUUUCCCUUCCAAAGAAAUAAGGACUCCGGAUGUGUUAACCUCCUUUCUCCCCUGAAGAUAACAGCGGCCUCGUCUUCAAUACUAGUUAUGUUCUUACGAUUUACUGAAGAUAGAACACAUGUAAAAAUCAUUAAUAAAGCAAAUUUGCCUUAAUACUUCUUCAGCUAAUGGUACUUAAAAUGAAACAUUGCUCCUUAAUUUUUUGAGGAGAGUAGGCGGCUUAUUAAUCCUUUAAUGUCUCAAAAUGCAAUUACCCCAAAGGUAGUUAAAACCAACUGCAUUCUUUAUGCUAUUCUAUUUUGAGCUAAAAAAAAGAGAUAGAAUGCUAUGCUCGGAUCUGAAUUUCUUUUAUGCAAGUUGUAUUUCAUUAUCUAGUGCAUUAUCUAAUGAGUCUUACUGGCUUCUGAAAGUAAGCACUCUAAAUUUGGGAAACUUUAUUUUUAUUUUAUUCAUUUCUCUUGGCACCACAUUUAUUUCUUUUUCAUUGCUCCCUUACCUUUUGCUUUAUCAUCUAAUACUGAGAAGACAAAUGAAAGUAAAGAAAUAUUCCUUCCACAUAAAUGCUGGGACGCUGGAAAACUGUUCAACUUGACAGAUUAAACACUUACUGACGCUGCUGCCCUUUAUUUUUAAAGAGAUCAAAGCACACAGAUGAGAAAUGAACAACUCUGUGCUUUUAUCAGCCUCAUGCUUCCUAUUCAAGGGAUGAAUCCAUUACACCACUAAGAAUCAAGGCAAAAGAGUGCUGCCUAUGUAUCACAUGUUUGUAAUGGAGAUGAGAAGGCUGAGAGAACUUGUUUAGUGGUUAAGAAUAAUUCAACAAAAACAAAGCCUUGGGAGCAUGUUUUCCUUUUGAUUUGUCAAAGCAUAAGUGCAGAGCUUCUGCGUAUCUUGCCUUAAUCAUAACAUUGAGCAAGAGCGGAAGAACUAUUUUUAAAACACUGACUGGAUAGAUAACAUAAACCUGGAAGAGAUCUUGGCAGUCUUCAACUCAUUUCCAGGUUUUGGAAGACUUUGCUUAAGCCAUCCAAAAAGAAAAUUGUUUAUUCUACUUGUUUUAUCUCUUCAGUCAUUUCCAGACAAAAAUGACUCCAUUUUCUCUUUAAUUUAUGACAGUGUUUAGAAUCCCUAGUGCCCUAAUGCCUACCCUACUUUUGGGCAUACUUUCAUAAAGCCUAUAGUUAAUGUACGUAAGUUAAAAUUACCUCUUAUGUCUUUGAUAACAUACCUUCACUUGCUGAAUAAGAAAACUGGAAUGACAUAAGAUAAUAAGAAAUGCUGAAACAAUAAAGGUGUAUUUAAGGGCUAGAGUCCAAAUGUUAGACACCUAUACCACAAAGGACAAAAAACCAACUGAUUAGACUAUUUACUGCAUUUAAAAAAGCUAGCCUUUUGUCAGGCUUUGUUAAGGCAAUACUCAAUAUAAAACCUGUUGCCAUGGAGUCGAUUCCAACUCAUGGUGAC